GGGUUGUCCUCCCGCGUGGAGCAUGAACUCCAUCGACCCUUCAGUCCACCACACCUCCUCUCCAUCCGCCAGCUCUCUCCAACCCCAGCCCAAGGGCGCCCAGGAGCCGCAAGAGAUGGCUGUCUACUGCGACAAUUUAAACAUGUAUCACCACCAGCAGAGCUUCCAGGGCGCACAGAGGCCGUCUGGAUACGGCUUCGGAGAUUACACAUCCUCCCCCAACCCAUACCUUUGGCUGAACAGGCCCGCUGUCAACUCCGCAUCCUUCAUGCCGCCUUCCUACGGGACACAACGACAGUUCCUCACCAACUCCCCCGGGUUCGGGGGUCCAGACCUGGGUUGGCUGUCCAUCGCCAGUCAGGAGGAGUUGCUAAAGCUGGUCCGUCCUCCCUACUCCUACUCUGCGCUCAUCGCCAUGGCGAUCCAGAACGUGCACGAGAAGAAGUUGACCCUGAGUCAGAUCUACCGGUAUAUCGCUGAUAACUUCCCGUUCUACAAGAAGAGCAAGGUGGGGUGGCAGAACUCUAUCCGACAUAAUCUGUCACUUAACGACUGUUUUAAAAAGGUCCCCCGUGAUGAGGAUGACCCAGGUAAAGGGAACUACUGGACGUUGGAUCCUAACUGUGAGAAGAUGUUUGACAACGGGAACUUCAGGAGGAAGAGGAAGCGCCGCUCCGACUCCACUAACAGCACCAAGACAGAGGACGGCCAAACCGCCCCGCCCAUCAAGACCUUUGACAGCCCCCAGCUCCUAGGCACCGCCUCCCCAGACAUGGAGGCGGUCAGUGAGGGUCAUAAGAGCUCCUCCCCCCUAAGCCUGGUGUCCAGCGCUCCGUGUUUUAACAACUUUUUCAGCAGUAUGGCUGGGCUGGGCUCUGGUCCCCCCAGCAGACAGACUGGCUCUCUGGGGUUGGUCAACGAGCUGACCAAUAGGAACAUUACAGCCCUCCAUAGCAGCCCAUACCACAACCACACCACCCACACCCCGACGCAGGCCCCGGGCCAGGACUACCCGGGGGUCUCAGAUUCAGGCCAUGGGGUCCACGGUCACCCAGCAGACAACCUGUCUCAUUUCAACAGAGGAGUGUACUGCAAUACCUUCAGCGGAGGGGGGCAGGAAGGACAGUUCAACAGCCACUUCUACAACAGCUUCAGCGGAGGGGGGCAGACAGGACAGUUCAACAGCCACUUCUACAACAGCUUCAGCGUCAACGGUCUAAUAUACCCCAGAGAGGGCACGGACGUGUAGCAUAUAAUGUAUAACGUGUAUUUGUAUUCGUAUUUAUUACGGAUCCCCAGUAGUUCCUGC